GACACACGCGCACAGACCAAAGCUCCUCGCGCGCUCCGCACUGACCCACACCGGGACCGACACCGGGACGUGCCGCUCUGUGAAGCCGCCUCACGCGCUGCUGAACCCGGGCGCAGGAUUCGCUCAGAGCCGCUGUGCGUCACCAUGGCUCCGCGCGGUCUAUAUUCGAGAUGCCGCUCCUUAAGGAUCUUCGUCUGAGAGGAGGAGGUCCCACUCUGCACAACGCUCUGGUUUUGAGGAGGAUGAGCUUGAACAUCACCGCACACAUGAACCCCUUCAACGACGACGGUCUGGACGGGGACAGUCAGGGCUGGUCUCCCGGCAGCUCUCUGUUAGACGGAGAUGUUCCUCGGGACAGAAACCCUUUUGAGGAUGAAGAAGACGAGAACAAAGCCAAUGAGGGCAAACGGGGCGGAGUCAACAGCAAGGAGGGCGGGUCUGGAGGAAAAGGGGGUGGAUUUAAGUUUGUGUCGCCGCUGAGGACUCUGGAUAAAAUCAGGAAGAGCCUGAGGACGUCGGGCCGGGUAAAAGAUGGCACUCCCUCUCCAUCAGAGUCACCGGGAGAGAAGAAGAAGAGAGGGAGGCGGAGCUCCGAGGGCUCGCUGCUCAGGUUUGCGGGACGGUACCGGGGCUCUCUCUCCAGUAAGGACUGCAUCUCAAAUGGAGAUCCGGGUUCUGAGGAGGACUCCCAGAGCAGGAGGCUCAGCCUGAUGAAGAUGGUUCUGGGAAAACACAAACGAGAGUCCGGCUCCGAGCGGAUCUCACAGGGACCAGAGGAACCAGAACCAGAACCAGAGGUGGUCAAGCCCCGAGAACCACUGUCAGAUUCAAGACCCUGUGCCAAAGUGACGACGGAGCUGGUCCAAAUCCUGGAGGAAGAAGAGAAAAGAUGGAUGGAGACUCUGCACGUGGAAGAAUAUACUCUCCCCCUGACCAACACCGUCAUACAGAGGCUGGAGGUGGACUUGGAGCGUUCUGCUUCAGUAAACCAGAGUCUUGGGUCCAGAGUGGCUCAGUGCAGUUUGAAUGGACUCGCAGAUUUCUUCUACAGUUUCCAGCGUAAAGUGGAGCUGUUCCAUGAGGGUCUUCAGAGCGGAAUGUUCGGAGACAACGAGGACGGAUACGUGUCCAAGACCAUCGCCCAGGUCAACUGCUGCCCCCCCUUCAGGGCGUUUGCUGACCGCUGCUCUCAGUCUGACCCGCUUCACUCUGAGGAUUCUCUGAAACGAGCGUCUCGAUCUCUGGACUCUGUGGUCCAGUGCGGAGUCCGAGUCCUGUCCGAGCGCCUGUACCACUGCAUCAAGCCUCUGUUCGAGCGUCUGGUGAAGAGGAAGUGGCUCAGUGACACUGAACCUUUUGAACAGAUCAAGAACAUCAUCAAAGAAAACUUCAAGAAAUACCAGAGGAUGGAGAGUCCGCCCUAUCAGGCGCUGGUGUCGGAGGUCCACAGGCGUGUUCUCACAGAGUACCUGCGCUCGGUGAUGAGAGGACGACUCAUCUGCACCUCGGCCAAAAUGAGACGAAGGACGUCCCAGAGGCUGAGAGAGGAAGGAGACGCCAUGACAGAGCUGUUCACCGCACUGGACUCUCCCUGCAGGUGGCUGGAGGGGGCGCUCUCUCACCUCUCUGAGAUCAUCCAUCUCGAGGACCUGCCCUCCAUCCAGAUGGAAGUGGGAGUCCUGGCCCGAGAGUACCCCGAUGUCAGGAGGAAACACGUGUCGGCCAUUUUGAACCUUCGCGGUCUCACUCGGCAGACGGAUCGUGUGGAAAUCCUAAACGUUCUCAAAGAUCUGGAAUCGAACCAGGACUCGUGGGAUCUGCCCCGAGACCGCGCCCUGUUCUCUGACGUCCCUGUGACCUCUGAACUCCACUGCAUCAACGUGGGGCUUAGCCGGCUAGCGCUAACGGCUACUUCCUGUUUCACCACCCUGCGACCAAAACGCAAAACAACCAAACGAACGAGGAGAGAUACGAACGAAGACGAAGGCCUUUGAGCCAGGUCUAAACCAGGACUAAACCAGGACUAAACCAGGACUAAACCAGGACUAAACCAGGUCUAAACCAGGACUAAACCAGGACUAAACCAGGACUAAACCAGGUCUAAACCAGGACUAAACCAGGACUAAACCAGGACUAAACCAGGUCUAAACCAGGUCUAAACCAGGACUAAACCAGGACUGAACCAGGACUAAACCAGGAUUAAACCAGGACUAAACCAGGACUAAACCAGGUCUAAACCAGGACUAAACCAGGACUAAACCAGGACUAAACCAGGUCUAAACCAGGACUAAACCAGGACUAAACCAGGACUAAACCAGGACUAAACCAGGUCUAAACCAGGACUAAACCAGGACUAAACCAGGUCUAAACCAGGUCUAAACCAGGACUAAACCAGGACUAAACCAGGACUAAACCAGGUCUAAACCAGGUCUAAACCAGGACUAAACCAGGACUAAACCAGGACUAAACCAGGACUAAACCAGGUCUAAACCAGGACUAAACCAGGACCAAACCAGGACUAAACCAGGACCAAACCAGGUCUAAACCAGGACUAAACCAGGUCUAAACCAGGUCUAAACCAGGACUAAACCAGGACUAAACCAGGUCUAAACCAGGUCUAAACCAGGACUAAACCAGGACUAAACCAGGACUAAACCAGGUCUAAACCAGGUCUAAACCAGGACUAAACCAGGACUAAACCAGGACUAAACCAGGACUAAACCAGGUCUAAACCAGGACUAAACCAGGACCAAACCAGGACUAAACCAGGACCAAACCAGGUCUAAACCAGGACUAAACCAGGACUAAAACAGGACCAAAACAGGACCAAACCAGGUCUAAACCAGAACUAAACCAGGUCUAAACCAGGUCUAAACCAGGACCAAACCAGGUCUAAACCAAGACUAAACCAAGACUAAACCAGGACUAAACCAGGUCUAAACCAGGACUAAACCAGGUCUAAACCAUGACCAAACCAGGUCUAACCCAGGACUAAACCAGGUCUAAACCAGGUUUAAACCAGGACUAAACCAGGACUAAAUGAGGACUAAACCAGGACUAAAACACGACUAAACCAGGACUAAACCAGGACUAAACCAGGACUAAACCAGGUCUAAACCAGGACUAAACCAGGACUAAACCAGGACCAAACCAGGUCUAACCCAGGUCUAACCCAGGACUAAAUCAGGUCUAAAUCAGGACUAAAUCAGGACUAAACCAGGACUAAACCAGGACUAAACCAGGUCUAAACCAGGUCUAAACCAGGACUAAACCAGGUCUAAACCAGGUCUAAACCAGGACUAAACCAGGACUAAAUCAGGACUAAACCAGGACUAAACCAGGACUAAACCAGGUCUAAACCAGGUCUAAACCAGGACUAAACCAGGACUAAACCAGGACUAAACCAGGUCUAAACCAGGACUAAACCAGGUCUAAACCAGGACUAAACCAGGACUAAACCAGGACUAAACCAGGACUAAACCAGGACUAAACCAGACUCUUGUUGUGGCUGUUUUCUGCAGCUCGAUGGACCAAACUGGAGCAGAGAUUUUUAUUUUUAAAUCUACGGUUUAAUAAUGUCUGAAAAAUAGCAGCACAUAUUAUGAUUAUUAUGAUUAUGUUUAUUUUUCUUAUGACGAGUGCAAUAACUCUUUAAAGGAACUGUAUGUAACAUUUAUAUUUGACCUCUGUGUGACCCCAGAGUUAAACUUGUAACACUGAUGUGUUCAUGACACUGGACUUGACUCAUUUAUAUUUUGGUGUUUUGGUUCCAGACGAUUAUCAGAGCGCAGGGGUGUGGACACACACAUGUAGUACCUUCAUUAAACUGUAGGAGGCAGUAUACACACACAGAUCCUUUAAACUGGUGGACACUCCAGCUUUGUGACUGAAAUUGUAGUUUUAUAAAUAUAUUUUAUUGUAUUUUAAACAUUUUGAAUGAAAAUGGGAUAAAUUUGAGAGGCUUGUAUUUUUGCACAAUUAACGGUACUGCUCUGAUCUCAUGUUUGUCGUAAACUUUAUAUCACACCGUCAUUAUUAAAGUCUGGAUCCAAUAAAGCAGAUUUUCAGUUAUAAACUUGUAUUUUCUGCAUAAACUGGUAAUAAAAACGCUUGUGUCACA